GAUAUGAAAAAAAGAGAAAAUCGUUCGUGACAAGGAACCGAAACACAUGGGGGGGUAAAGAAGGAGACAGAGAGAGACACACGAACACAAUGUCCGCAGAGGGAAUGCAAAUGCAAGAUCCACAAUCUGACUCUUCCAACACCAAAACCAAAACCAAAACCAAAACCAAAACCAAGACCAAGACCACCACCAUUCCCAAAUCAAACCCUAUCAUUCCUCUACAACCCUCCAUUAAUCCUUCUUCUUCUUCUGCUUCUUCUUCUUCUUCUUCCUCUGCUCCUCCAAACACCAACAGCUUCCACCACUUAGCUCAACCUCCACCACCACCACACCCAUUUCCCAACUCCAACGCCAUAACUUCAUCUUCUUCUUCCUCCUCAUCCCCAUCCCUGACAAUGCUCGGAAAUUCCAAUCCCAACCCUAAUUCCUCAACCCCCUUCAUCAGGGGUCCCGCUGCUGCUGCCGGUCAUCGGAGGGCCCACUCCGAGGUCACCUUCCGGUUACCGGAGGACAUUAUGGAUCUCUCGUCCUCCGAUCCGUUCAAUGGAGGCUCAUCCACGGCUAGUUUCGAGGAGAUCGGAUCCGAGGAUGACCUGUUCUCAACCUACAUUGACGUUGAUAAGCUCGGCGGGAAUGGUAACGGAGCCAACUGUGCGGAUCAGAAUGGAGGAGGUGGUGCUGAUGGUAAAGAUGAGAAUGGUGGUGGUGGCGGUGGUGGUGGUGAGGGAGAGAAGAGUGGGAGUGGAAGUGGGAGUGGUUGUGGUAGUGGAAGUAGGCCAAGGCAUAGGCAUAGCAGCUCCGUCGAUGGUCUGUCGACGUCGACGAGUGCGUUUGGGGAGAUUAUGGAGGCUAAGAAGGCUAUGCCUCCUGAUAAACUUGCUGAGCUCUGGACCAUUGAUCCCAAACGCGCCAAAAGGAUACUGGCAAAUCGGCAGUCAGCUGCUCGCUCAAAAGAGAGGAAGGCCCGCUAUAUACAGGAACUUGAGCGCAAAGUUCAGACCCUUCAAACAGAAGCAACUACUCUUUCUGCCCAACUUACACUCUUCCAGAGGGACACAACAGAUCUGAGUUCUGAAAACACAGAGCUUAAGCUUCGAUUACAAGCUAUGGAGCAACAGGCUCAGUUGCGUGAUGCUCUUAAUGAUGCGCUUAAAAAGGAAGUUGAGAGGCUCAAGGUUGCCACAGGAGAGAUGAUGAGCCCCGCCGAGUCAUUCAACUUGGGAAUGCACCAGAUGCCCUACAAUCAACCAGCUUAUUUCCCACUUCCACAACAAGGACCAGUUAGCCACCUGAACAUGCAGUUGCCAUCAUUCAACCAUACCCAGGCUAAUAAUAUUUCAGCUCACAAUAUGCACCAGUCAAAUUCUCAUUCUCUCUCAGAUAUUUUGCAGAACGACCCGGUUGGUCGAUUACAGGGGCUUGAUAUCAGUAGCAAUGGACAAUCUAAAGUGAAGUCUGAAGACCCCUCAAACUCUGUAAGUGAAAGUAGCACCACAUUCUGAUAGCAAACUGGCUACUGAGCUUCUGACAUGCUGACUUGCCCAUGGCACACCAUCUGGUAGAUUGUUUAUAGAUUGACAUGGAAUUGUUUAGAGAGGUUCUCUUAUUUAUUUUAUUUUAUUUUAUUUUUUUAUUAAAUUUGUGUGAAGGACUAAUUCUUAAAUUGGUUAUUGUUAGGGGGGUUUUUUUCUCCUAAAAGGGGAAAGAACCCUAUUGGGGUUUUUGUUGCAAUGUUCAUCAGUCUUUUGUUGAUUGGUUGUGUUCCUUGGGGUGUAAACAACAAUAUGGGGAUGAAAGGUCAUCAUACCCAUUAAGGAUUGGCAUGCUAUCAGCUUGAUGCCAUUCUCUUCCUAUGUAUCUUUAUAUUAUUGGAUACCCAUGUAAACUUUUUUCGAACUGGUACUGUUCUUUUUUCCAUAAUGGAUUGGCUUAAAGGGGCAGGGAUAUGAUAUCUAUCCCAGAAUGUAAUUUCUUUUUCUUUUUUAUUUUUCUUGUAAUUUGCUCUAACAGGUUUUUCUGAUUAAACCAUCUUAAGAAAAACAUCUGUUUGUAUAGAUAUUCCAAAGAUGAGCAAUGAAGAGCAUCUUCCAAGUGGGGAAUAUGUAGUCCCCAGAAUUUGCUCCUUGUCAUGUGCUUGGAAUGGACCGGCGUGCACAUGACAAGGACUGGUGCCCAUUUGUCUUUAAAACCCUUUCUCUCCAAGUUGGGUAACAAAAUUAGCGGAGAGAGAAAAGGUCAGAAUUGUGCACCAAUCAUGUUAGCUACUAGCUAGCUAGUCUUCAAGUGGCAUCUACAUCAUGGAAUAUUGGAAUUAUAUUUGCAUCAUUGCAUGGGUUUAGAUUUCUUGGAGUUCAUUUAUUCAGUAAUUACAAGGGACAUAAGUGGACCCUAGUUGUGGACUAGUCCCCAAAAACGUAUGUUAAUGGGGGUUUGAUUAUUUUGGCAUAUAAAUAAGUUUUUACACGAUUUACUGAAGGACUGUAAAUUAAACAAAUCAUAUAUUCCUACAAAGUCAGCAGUCAGCCAAAGAGAGAGAGGAGAGAGAGAGAGAGAGAGAGAUGGAUAGUUUGGCAUGAGAGAGAGAGAGAGAGAGAGAGAGAGAGAGAGA